AUGGAGGCACGAUGUCCCAACAAUAUCAACCACCUGCCAAGGAGCGAGCCGGGCAGUCGCGACAGGGCCGAACCCCAGACCCCUGCCCAGACAUUUGCCCAGGGCCGCCUGCGAAGGCCAGGCCUCAGGAUUCCGGGCCGGCUCGCCCGCGGCCCCCGCGGCCUCGUGGGAGGAGGAGACCGCUCUCCCGCCUGCGUGCUGCAGGAGCCACGGCCGCACGGGCCCCGAGACGACGCCCUGAGCACAAGCGACCCCUGCCCCGAGGGCCGCGUCCCGUGCUCACCGCGGAAGCCAGAUCUGCGCACGCGCAGCUGUGGGGUCCUGGCACCGCCCCGGCUCGCCGGGGGCCCCGCCCCGCGGCCCCGCCCACCCCGCGCCCCGCGGCCCCGCCCAUCCCGCGCCCCGCCCUUGCGGCCCGGGCCGCCCACUUCAGCAGACACCUGCCCGAAGCCCUUCCUCGGGCCGCCUGUGCCCCGCGUCUGCUCGCCGCCCCUGCCGGCAGGCAGCAGCAGUAACUACAAGCUGAACUAUGAGUUGUACAGGGAGGAUAUCCCCUACCGGGCUUAUGAAUGCCAGAAGAUCCCCCCGCUCAUCAACCACGUGCCUGUCAAGAUCCGGAGGACCCAUAUGGGCUUAGGGGUCAGGAGCAGCUUCAGCCCCAAGGCCUUCAGGAAUAGCCACCUGUCCCCUGGGCAGAUGAAGCUUGGGACUGGGGUGCUGCACUCCAUCAGGGGAGAACUGAGCCAGAUCAAAGCCCAAGUGGACAGCCUAUUGGCGAGUUUGGAGCGCAUGGACCAGCAGAGGGACCAGCCUGCAGGGACAAAGGACAGUGAAGAGAACAGGGGCCCUGGUAGUGAGGGCUGCUCGUGCAGACCCACUGAGGCCCAGCAGGAGCACAGGAACCAAGAGAGCACAGAGCCCAGGGGCCAGUGCGCCCACGUGGAGGCAGACAGCUCCCAGGGGAGCACGGAUGCAGAGCAUGCAGUAAAGGAUCACACAUCAGAACCGGCAGGCAGCCAGUAGGAGGCGGGAGUUCUUCUUGGGUGUCUCCCUCCCUUGCCUUGCUGUUUUGGAGGCCUCCCACUGCCACCCCUGCUGAGGCCCCUGUUGUGGAGCAGUUGGAAAGCCUCCCCAUCAUGGUAGGUUUAAGCCUUGGAGGUUGUGUUCCAGAUGGGCUGGCAGCGCUGGGAGGGAGGAGGCCAGAGACUGCCCAGCACCAGCUCAUCAUCCUCAUGAGAAUGAGGCCCAGCUUUGCAAGGGGCAGUUGACAGCACCAGCCAAGAGCCCGAGGAGCACCAUCAACCUCUUUGCACAGACAGUUUUAGCUGCUCCUCUCAACCUCCGAAAAUGCCACCAGUCCUGCCUGAGUAUGGGGCACCUGUGCAGCAACCAGCCCAGCUUUCUCUAGCCACAGCAGUGCAUAACACAGUGUUCCUAGUCUCCCUCCCAGUCUGAAACUGAGCUGUAAGGUCCCCAGUGUGUGCCCCACAUAACCCCUUUUAGUUCCAGACUCUCCAUCCAUCCUACAAAGCCGUCCUUCAGCAUAGGGCUAUCAUUUUUAUGUCCCAUUUUAAUUUCAUCUCUUGCUGGUGUAAUACUGUUAUUUCAGAUCUGCUCCCGAAAAAUCUGUCAUGUCAGAAGGGAGAAAUAAAAUUUGUAUUCCUUCCUGG